AUGGUGGCUUCUGUGAAAUGGUUUCUCAGUUUGUUGUUGCUUUUUGUGUUGCUCGUUGAAGAAGAAGCUAUGGCUUCUACUUCUACACAGAUCUCUCAGUUCAGCAAUGUGGAUACUGAGACACACAGGUUAACAAGCUUUAACGAUUCAUCAAUGGCGGCAAGGCAAAAAGAAGCCGAGAAAUUGAAUGAGCGUGCUGCCGUGGCUGAUCCAAACGAGGUUGCUUCGAUGGUUGAAAUGCACAUUAAGAACAGUACUGAAAGAAGAAACCUGGGAUAUUUCUCGUGUGGGACGGGUAACCCGAUUGACGAUUGCUGGCGUUGCGACCCCAAUUGGCAGCAAAACAGGAAGCGUCUAGCAGACUGUGGUAUUGGUUUUGGAAGAAAUGCUAUCGGUGGCCGGGAUGGAAAAUUCUAUGUUGUCACUGAUCCGAGAGACGAUGACCCUGUUAACCCAAGGCCGGGAACUUUGCGUCACGCUGUUAUCCAAGAUAGGCCACUUUGGAUUGUGUUCAAGAGGGACAUGGUUAUUCAGUUGAAACAAGAGCUGAUUAUGAACAGUUUCAAGACUAUUGAUGGAAGAGGAGCGAAUGUGCAUAUUGCGAAUGGAGCGUGCAUUACGAUUCAGUAUGUUACUAAUGUUAUCAUUCAUGGACUUCAUAUUCAUGAUUGUGUACCAACCGGUAAUGCUAUGGUGAGAAGCUCAGAAACACAUUUUGGUUGGAGGACUAUGGCUGAUGGAGACGCGGUUUCUAUAUUCGGUUCAAGUCAUAUUUGGGUCGAUCAUAAUUCGUUGUCUCAUUGCGCUGAUGGUCUUGUUGAUGCUGUCGUCGGUUCAACAGCUAUCACAAUUUCUAACAACCAUUUCACCCACCACAAUGAGGUGAUUCUGUUGGGACACAGUGACUCCUACACAAGGGACAAGCAAAUGCAAGUGACAAUAGCUUAUAACCAUUUCGGAGAAGGACUUAUUCAGAGAAUGCCUCGGUGUAGACAUGGUUAUUUCCAUGUGGUGAACAAUGAUUAUACUCACUGGGAGAUGUAUGCCAUUGGUGGAAGUGCCGAGCCCACAAUCAACAGCCAGGGUAACAGAUACAAUGCUCCUGUUAACCCUUUUGCCAAAGAGGUGACUAAGAGAGUGGAAACAGCUGAAAGCCAAUGGAAAGGUUGGAAUUGGAGAUCAGAGGGAGAUUUAUAUCUAAAUGGUGCAUACUUCACAGCAUCUGGUGCUGGAGCUUCAGCUAGCUAUGCAAGAGCCUCAAGCUUAGGAGCAAAAUCGUCAGCCAUGGUUGGCACCAUGACAUCAAAUGCUGGUGCACUAGGCUGCAAAAGAGGCCGUCAGUGCUAA